AUGUGGGAGUGGAAUGUGGGUAAGGAAACAAUAGAUGUAUGGUUGGAGGAAAGGGAAAGUCCUGGUUUGGUGUUUAAGGAUGCUGAAGCUAGUUGGCAUAGAAGGUUAAAACAGAAAGCUGAGAGGGAUAGGUUAGACAUGGAAAAAAAGAAGAGGUUAGUUGAAGAAGAUGAAGCUCAGAGGGAGCUUGAUGAACAACAACCUUACACUAUUGUCGUAGAGGUUCAUAUGGUUGUUGCUGAGGACUCAAGAGUUGAGUAUGUUAGAGCGUUUCACACUCCAGUAGCUGAUGAGGUUUUCCCAGUCCCAUCCCAGCCUCAGGCAGAACAAAGUUCUCAGUCAGAAAAUGGUUCCCAGCCAUCAACUCCACCAAAACAUUCUCAACCCACUUCUCCUCUUAACCAGCCCAGAAUAAAAGUUGUUGGGAAGAAAAUGACACUUAGGAAAAGGAAAACUACAGCCAAAACACCACCUCCUACUGAUGCAUCUGUCAGAACCCCAGAACCCUCUCCAAUUCCAACAACAGCCCCACCACAUACACCACAACCUUCUCCAAACACAACAACAUCCCCACCACCAACACCACAACCCUCUCCAAACCAAGCAACAUCCCCACCACCAACACCACAACCUUCUCCAAACCAAGCAACAUCCCCACCAUCAACACCACAACCUUCUACAACCCAAGCAACACCCCCACCCCAAACAGUACCACCUUCUACUACAAUCUCAUCUUCUAGUGCAGAACCUACAAAUGCCUGUCCAGAUAAACCUAAGAAGGGGGAUAGAUCUAGACCCCCAGGUUUCAAAACAAAAAAGAGUGUUGGAAAAAAGGUUGCUGAGGGAAGUCAGGAGCAAGGUGUGAGUCUAAGGAGAUCAGGAAGAAGUAGGAAGUCACCAGCUAGGGUUGAGACUAGUGAUGAUAGUACCGAGGAUGAUAGAUUUGAUGAUGAUGAUGGUGAUGAUGAUGAUGAUUACAUAGAAUCUGGUAGUGAGCCAGAUGAUGAUGAUGCUGAUCUUGCUGACUUCAUAGAGGAAGAAUGUGAAUGUUUAUAUGAUGACAUUCAUGAGAAGUAG